AAGCGCUACACUACGUGCAGAGGUCGCUCUUUCAUUGAUCUGCGCAGGUUGCAUUGUUGCAAUUUAAUUAGCGCCAGCGCCAGGCAUGCAACAACAAACAGUGGAGUUAAUCUGGAGGACGGAAGUAAAAGGCCGUUUUACAACUGACGGGCGUACUUAGAUGGAGGGGUUCUUGGUCAAGGAUUCCUUGACAGUGCUGACGCAGAAUGGCGAGUGCUCCAUCCAACUGUGUCUUGGCGACAUUACCAAGCUGAAACACAAGGACAAAGUGGAUGUGAUUCUCAUAUCAGCUUUCCAAGGUGACUACUCCCCCACCCCGACAUCCGUCAUCGGGGCGUUACUGCGAAAUCUGGAGAUAAACGUGCAGACUUUGGCACGAGACAAAGAGGAGGAUUUGCGGAAGCUCUACAGCUGUUGGUGGUCCCGGCCCUUACCCGCUGACAAACCCUACAACAGACUCCUGUGCUUUGAAACCAAAGUAUUUGGGUCUGGGCGCCCCCAGGAGAUGGUUAGCGAUGUGUUCCGCUGCCUGGUGCCCUUAUUCAACAACAAGGAUGGCACAGUUAUUGCACCCCUUCUCAAUACAGGGAACCAGGGCUUUGACCAGGUGGUCAUGUUGAAGGGGAUGGUGGAGGCUGCUGUCAACUGGAUGAAGGCCGGCCUGCCCCUGCGCCUGCUGAAGAUUGUCCUGUUCUGCCAAGGCAAAGACGAUGAGGCCAUGGCAAAGGCCGCCGAGAGGGACUACUCCAGAGUUUUCAAGAGCUUUGAGGACCUGAAGGAGUGCUACAUGAUGAAGGACUUGACCCCCAAGGAAGUCACCGUAGAUUUUGACGUCUACCUGUCCUUCAGCCAGCACGACACAAAGGUCGUUGACCUCAUCACUGACAAACUGCACUCCAACAAGUUGGACAUAUCCGCAUCUUCGAUAGCCGCCAAAUGAUGAACAUGGACUCGGUGUGGCAGAAAGACAUGCAUGACGUCAUGAUGCACAGUGCUAGGGUCAUCACAGUCUUGACGCCCAACUACCUACAGUGCACGGCCUGCAUAGAGCAGUACAACAUCGCCAUGUGCUGCUUCCGCAAAGCUAUGAGGAAUAUGCUGGCGCCAUUCUACGUCGAGGAGAGCCCCCUGCCUACGUACAUGACACAAGUGCAGUAUGUAGAUUGCAGAAAUCUGCAAGCUCACUGAACACUUGGCUGAUGGCAACUCCGUUGAAGAGGCCACUUUCAACCGCCUACCAGACUGAUCCGGCUUCUGCACAAGUAGAUGCUUCUGGUGCAACCCAUGCUAAUUUCUAAUGAUUAUUAUAAAUCCUUUUAUUGAUAAUUAAUUUAACCCCCAAUACCAUUUUAUUCCCUCCGCAGCCUAUCACAACAAUUACCUGCGCCUUCAUUUUCAUUAAUAAUGGUUAUACUACACUCAAUUCAAUGGUACUUAGGUUAUACUACACUCAAUGCAGUGGUACUUAGGUUAUACUACACUCAAUGCAAUGGUACUUAGGUUAUACUGCACUCAAUGCAAUGGUACUUAGGUUAUACUACACUCAAUGCAAUGGUACUUAGGUUAUACUGCACUCAAUGCAAUGGUACUUAGGUUAUACUGCACUCAAUGCAAUGGUACUUAGGUUAUACUGCACUCAAUGCAAUGGUACUUAGGUUAUACUGCACUCAAUGCAAUGGUACUUAGGUUAUACUGCACUCAAUGCAAUGGUAUUUCAGUUAUAUUAGUUUGUCCAACCCUCUUCAUAUACUUUUAUCCCACUUUUGCAACACCUUAACAGUCCAUUUUAAUAAUAACUCAAAUCCUACUACACUGUUAAGCCUCCUAUAAUUUUUUCAUUCUUAACCAAUUGUACCUUUACAUAAUUAUUCAAUUAUAAUGCACAAGUCACAUCUACCGUCACUGUCAACUUUUUAUGUUUCUAUUUACAUUUCAUAAUUACACAUGCUUACUUUU